GUUAUAUACAAUCAUUACAAGGAAGGUAACCAUGUCAGAACACACAGUGCUCGGUAAGUCCUAUAUACAAUCAUUACAAGGAAGGUAACCAUGUCAGAACACACAGUGCUCGGUAAGUCCUAUAUACAAUCAUUACAAGGAAGGUAACCAUGUCAGAACACACAGUGCUCGCCCAGGGUUCCGUGAGUCCACUGCCGAACCCCCAGAAAAACAAGGUUCAGGAGACCUCAGGCAUACAAGAUGAAGGCCUCUGCAAGGUCUGUCUGGAGAAGACCAGUUGCGUCCUGUUUCUACCGUCUGCUCAUCUGGUCAUGGACUGCGCACCUGCUUUACGCAAAUGUCACGUGUGUCGGGCAUUCAUACGUGGAACUGUGAGAGUUUACAAUGAAUGAGGAUUUGUUGUGAAUCUUCAACAAGCCUCAUUAAAACUGACUCACAAAACCGUUAUUUCAGAACGUUUGCGUAAAUCCUUUAACAUCUUUCGUGUAUUAAUCUUCAGGUUCAUCAAAGUAUUUUUGUGCAUUUAAUUAUGAAAUAAAUGAAAUAAAUGUCUUCAGGUUGUGCCCUGGAUGGUUGAUAUUUGAUAUAUA